UUCGUUUAUGUUUUUCUUAUGCUGCGACGAUCAUCAGGUUUUUCUCCGCGGCCCUUAAGGAUGAGCGUGCAGAGGUGUGUUGGUGAUUCUGAUGGCUUAUUUUUUUAUACUUUCAAAGCGGGCACCUGCAGUGUCAUGGGAAAAGAGCAUACAAAAUGCAACUGCUUUAGGACGAAAGGUACCAUUCCAGGAGCUACCUCCGGCGCGAAAAGAUCGGUGUUGAGUAAAAGUAGUCAAAGAGAAGAUCGUGCUCUAAAUUUUGUGUGCUUGAUCGUUAAUUCGUGUGAAUCGCAUUCGAGGUGUGUGGUUGCCAGAAUAAGGACUUAGUGAUUUAUUCAAAACGAAGUUGAGUUUGAAGUGUUUCAUUGAUGGCGACAUUAGUGCGAACUAUGGCGUUGGGACAGAAUAUUUUUAUAUCGAAUGGAUCGACAGUUGGGCAACAGGCUCCGGUAAAUCCUUACCGCAAGCGGCCAAUAAUUCCCGCUCCGAUAUGCAUAGGAAGUGGACUUCAGUCUGGUGCAUUUAAGGAUCGUCCGAUUGUUUCUAAAAAAUACAGCGCUAUGCCGUAUGCCGUAACUCCUCAGCAGACGGUUUCGAUACAACGGCGCAACGCGCGGGAGCGGAAUCGUGUCAAGCAAGUCAACAACGGUUUUGCGAACCUACGUCAACAUCUUCCGUCGACUGUUGUAGCCGCUCUAACCAACGGAGGCCGUGGUCCGCACAAAAAGCUUAGUAAAGUGGACACUCUUAGAGUGGCGGUGAAAUACAUUCGAAGUCUUCAGCGUGUACUAGAUGAAGACAUUGAAAACAAUGGGGAGUCUCCAAAAACGAAUUUGCAAGCUUCAUCACCGAUUUCAUAUUACGGAUCGAUGUCUGAAACCUCAUCGUCCUCUUCGCCGGCACCCUCUCAGCUGUCCGAGUAUUCGAGUUAUAGUAGUCAACCGGAAAUUGGUUCCUUCAAGCGGGAGCCUUACGAUGUAUAUUCAACAACAAGUGUUUCUCCGGGUUUGGUGACUCCACUGCCUAGUAUGACCAGUUUUAGUACCAGUGGAAUAAACACUACAGCCGGUACCUACUCUCAACCAAUGCAUCACGUGUACAAAGCUCAGCAACAACUGAUUGGUUAUCAUCAUGAGGAACUGAGUCCGCAAAAUACCGACGACGAAGAGCUGUUGGAUGCCAUCUCCUGGUGGCAGCAGCAACAGUAAAGUGUUCCUUUAGUCACCACUCUUCUUCGAGAUAAGACUGAAAUUCGUUUAUUAGCCAGGUUUCCUGAAAGGAAGAGAUUAAGUGGAAUGAUAUCCACAUCUAUGUCGAAAGCGUUCCUCAACCCGGCAGCUUCCGCAUUGGCACUGUUGUUUGGAUGUAAACAAAGUUGGAAAAAGCUCAUUCAGAUGAUCUCCUUCAAAAUGAAUCACUUCGUACGCAUGUGAUUAUUCCAGUGGUUCACGGAUUGUACAAAUUUACAGUUAAGGUGUAGUGUCUAAGUCUACAACACGAACUAGUCAUGAAAUAAAUUAAAUCAAGUGAAAAA